AUACCAGUAUUGGUAUAGGCAUUUUACCGAGGCCAUGAAACCAAACAUCGACAGCGAGACAGACAGACGCAGACGAGAUUUUCAGGAGGAACUACAUCGUACAUCUUUCGAAUCGAUAUUCAUUAUACAUCGAGUUGCAGCUGAGAAUUUAAACAAACAAUCAAACAAUGAAGAGAUAUCUGCUCGUGGUAGCAGCCCUGGCGUUGAUCGCCAUAGAUCAUGCAGCAUGCGGCCAACGCCAGCGCAUCCAUCCGCUGUCGCAGAAGUUCAUCGACCAGAUUAACAGUAAAGCGACCACGUGGAAAGCUGGACCGAACUUUUCACCGGAGACCUCGAUGAGCUUCAUCCGUGGCCUGAUGGGAGUUCACAAGGACGCAGAUAAGUUCAUGCCCCCGGUGUAUCUCCACGAAAUGGAAGCGGACGAUGACUUCCCGGAAAACUUUGACUCGCGCACACAAUGGCCCAACUGUCCGACCAUUGGCGAAAUCCGCGAUCAGGGAUCGUGCGGAUCGUGCUGGGCCUUCGGAGCCGUCGAAGCUAUGUCCGAUCGUAUUUGCAUCCACUCCGAGGGAAAGGUGCAUUUCCGCGUUUCAUCUGAAGAUCUAGUAUCGUGCUGCCACACUUGUGGCUUCGGAUGCAACGGUGGAUUCCCGGGAGCUGCCUGGAGCUAUUGGGUGCGCAAGGGUCUGGUCAGUGGUGGACCUUUCGGAUCGGAUCAAGGUUGCCAGCCGUACGCCAUUGCACCGUGCGAACAUCACGUCAACGGAAGUCGUCCAUCGUGCGAAGGUGAAGGUGGCAAGACUCCAAAAUGCGUCAAGAAAUGCCAAGCCAGCUACAACGUCCCGUAUGCCAAGGAUAAGAUGUACGGUAAAUCGUCCUACUCGAUUGCCAAUCAUGAGAAGCAAAUCCAAAAGGAAAUCAUGACCAACGGACCGGUUGAGGGUGCGUUCACAGUCUACGAAGAUUUGUUGAACUACAAGGAAGGUGUCUAUCAGCAUGUGCACGGCAAGAUGCUCGGUGGCCAUGCGAUCCGUAUUCUCGGCUGGGGUGUCGAGGACGGAACCAAGUACUGGCUGAUUGCGAACUCCUGGAACAGCGACUGGGGAGAUAAUGGAUUCUUCAAGAUUCUGCGCGGAGAGGACCAUCUGGGUAUUGAGAGCUCCAUUGCCGCCGGAUUGCCAAAAGUUUAAAGCGACGGAGUUGUUCGAGUAUCACAGGUAAAUUGAAAAGACUUCAUAGGUGUUUCAUCAUUCCAAAAAAAAAACAAGACGAAAGGUAAAAAAGAAUAACGACUAAGAGAACACGUGAGAUGGCUGUCGUAGUAAAUGUACCAAGGUUAAUUUUUAGCGGUAAUAGCGCAGAGUUCUACUGGUUAAUAAAAGUUACAUUAGAUAGUAAAA